AUGCAGAUCUCGACUACAUUAUCAACGAACCAGCAGAAACAAGAACGCAUCCACGCCACCGUCUUGAUCAGCCGUCCAGCGGCUCCGUUGGCCAAAGUCUCGACCGGGUCGAGGUCUCGCAAGGGCGGUACUGGAAAUAGCACUGUCCAAUAUGUUUGCGACUCUUCACAGAGUCUGAUCCGCAAUCGGUGGUAUUCAGGCACGUUCCGAACGUGCGACGCCUUCUUCGCCUCCUUGGAUGAUUUGGACUGCACCUGGAACAUUUCAAACAUUUUCGCUGUCGAUACCUUCCUUGUUCUUCAGCCUUAUCUAAUAUCAAAUAUGAGAGCUCGACACGAACGACACGUCCACGAUGGCAAGCAGUCUGAGGAGAUCCAGAUGGACAGCUUCGAGGCGAUAACCAAUGGUAGGAUUCUGCCCCGUCGUCGAAUGCGACAAGACUUUUGA